AAAAUCUCCCAGAAAAAGAGAGCCUUAAGGUCUCAAAAGCAGCAGUCCGGGAAUCCCCAAUCAAACACCUAUAUGCUUACCAAACUGAAGAAAUUGGUUGUGGAUUCAACCAGGACUCAUGGGCGGACUGACAAUUCAUGGGGCCCCCGGGCAAUAGGGGAUCAUGGGGCCCCUGUGUCCUUGUCCAAACUUAAAAAAGCCUAUGAAAAAGGUACCAGGGGCAUCUCAUGGGGCCCUCUACUGACCCCGGACCCUCGGGCAGUGCCCGAGUUUCCAAAUGGUCAGUCUGCCCCUGCUCUAGAAAUUUGGAGAAAGAUCUAGAAGA